AUGGGCAAAGGAGGUCUUGAUGAAGCUUUUACCCAGUUCGCAGGUGUCCACUCCGGCGCUGGCACUCUGCCCGCCGUCAAAGAGGCGCUUGAAUCUAUUGACACGGAUGCCAUUGUGAUUGACCUCCAACGUUUCACGGUCUCUAUUGGCAAGAGCCAGUACCCGGUCUCAAUGAAGCAUGUUCUGCAACGCCUCAUCGAUUCUCUUCGUUCGAACCCAAUUUCCAUCGCUUCACGACACGUCACUUGGGAUCCAUAUCCAAAGUUCAACUUUCAACCCGGCGACGAGCUCAAGCAAGAUUUUCUCUGGGGCGCACUGAGCUCCUUCUUCCGCCCCGGAGAUGCGAUCAUUGGUGAGACUGGUACUUCCGCAUUUGGCCUAUGCGAUACCAAACUCCCAAGCGGAGUGAUGAUGUUCAACCAAACCGUAUAUGGCAGCAUUGGGUAUGCUACUGGCGCCAUUGUUGGCGUUGGUCAGGCUAUCAAGGAAAGCCAAGGAAAGUGGAAGAGGCCUGUCCUCGUGACUGGAGAGGGUUCCAUGCACCUCACCAUUCAAGCCCUGGCAGAUAUGCUGCGAUGGGACCUCAAGCCAGUCAUAUUCGUGCUCAACAAUGGCGGAUACACAGUCGAGCGCCUCAUUCACGGCAAGGAAGCCUUUUAUAAUGAGGUCGCAGUUCUGGACUAUUCCAGACUUUGCAAGACUUUCGGGCCAGCAUUCGAAUCCAAGUACCACGGGCCUAUCAAGACUUGCGGAGAGUUAUCAUCACUCCUUCGAGAUCCCAACUUUGGCAAUGUAGGCUGCCUUGAGUUGGUCGAACUCGUCUUGCCUCCUCUCGACGCACCCUCCGCUGUCAUCAAGACUGGUGCCGCUAUCGAUGCAUUCAACAAAGCCAAGGCUGAGCAGGGGCCCCUUGGCCUUCAGGGUGCUUGA